AUGCAAACAGAAGCUCCAGCAAUGGCGGGACACGAGGUCCUCCCAGUCUCACGCGGCGAGGCCUGCAACUCGUGCCCAACCUCCUCCCUCGAGAACAUCGAGAAAGGUUACUGUGGAAGCGCGCCGUCAUUUGACCCCAGUUGGCUCAUUGACCCGAGCUGCGUCGAGAUUGGUCCAAAAAUCACAGAAGGGCCUCGCUCUACGGUCUUCCAAGGCUUGUGGGUCUCAUUUCUUGCACUGGAACACUGUCUCUGUUUGUUUGGUUGA